UGUCGCGACAGUUGCCGACAGGCGCGAUGGCGGAGCCGCUGCUGCCCGCUGGCUUCCGCUCCGGCUCCACAGCCCUCUGGCCUUACCUCUUUCCCGCUGCCUCCCGGCCCUGCACCUUUCCCGCCAAGCUGUGGCUGCUGGUGAAUAAUCCCCGCGUCCGCUCCGUGCGCUGGGAUGCCCGCGGCGAGGGGCUGUUCAUCGACCAGGCGCUCUUCGAGCGGGAGCUGCUGGGCGGGGGGCCCGGCGCUGCCGGGGAGGCGGAGGUCUUCAAAACCAAGAACUUCGGCAGCAUCAUCCGCCAGCUUAACCUGUACGGGUUCCACAAGCUGACGAUGGGGCCGCCUGGUCCCGCGCUGGGGCAGAGGCUGGGGCCGGCCGCGGCGGGGGACAGUCCCGACAGCCCCGAUGGGCCCCGGCACCACUUCUGGAACCCCCACUUUCGCCACAACCGCCCCGACCUCCUGGUGAGGAUCAAGAGACUCACGAAGGCCAAUAAGGAGAAGCUGGACGCUGGCAUGAAAGUGCCCAGCCGCCUGCUCGACGACUUGCAGCACAUUGUUGGGAAGGGACUUGUUCCUGUCGCCCUCGACCCUCGGCGAGUCCAACGGGAGCGUGUGCCCAUAGACUACAGCACCAGCAGGGACCUAAAACUAAUAUACAUGCCAAAUUGUCGCUAGAUAAAAGGUGCAACAUGCAUCCUUCGCUGUGGGAAACUGUAUACAACAUAGAGAAGAAUGGAAAGGAGAAAGGAAGACUUUGAGAUCUACUUUAGGAAGACACUAGUUUUCAACGAACUCAAAACAAAUUCAGGAAAAAAGUUUAAAGAAAAGUCAUGAGUUAUCUCAAUAAAAGUGUUGCGUGAGCUAUUAUUCAACA